AUGGAGAAAGCAAAGAAUGAUGCGCUCGGUAAUGAUGAUGCUGUCGAAUAUAUCGAAGACCUGAAAGACAACAAUGGGGCAAUGGAUUAUAAAGAACUGACCCGCGCCCGCGAGGCCAACGAAGCCGAGAAGAAAUCAGAGGGCUGGCAAGCAUUUAAAGAUGGACGCAAAGCAAUCUUUUGGAGCGCCAUCAUAAGUCUGACUAUCGUAAUGGAGGGAUAUGAUAUUGGUAUAUAGUUUAGUUGCCCUACAAUACAGCUCAGCCACACUAACAUAUUCGUAGGCUUGAUUGGCAGUUUCUUUGCUUAUCCAGCUUUCGUGGAGAAGUUCGGGACAAAAUAUCCAGGUAUCGCCCAGAAGGAAGUCUCUGCUCCUUGGCAGUCAGGACUUGGGAAUGCUGGAGGUGCCGGCGUUGUUAUUGGAGGUUUCCUCAAUGGCUUUCUUUCUACACGGUAUGAUUCCACGUUUCUAGGUGAAAUAUGGACAACUUUAGAGCUAACUCGUUCUUGAAAAGAUACGGAUACAAAAAGGUUAUCCUUGGUGCACUUUUCUUUUUGAACUGGUUUAUUUUCAUCCCCUUUUUCGCCGAAUCAAAACCGGUCCUAGUUGUUGGACAAGUUCUUUGCGGGUUGACUUGGGGAGUUUUUGCUACCACAGGACCAGCAUAUGCUUCGGAAGUCUGUCCCUUGGCUCUUCGUGGAUAUUUGACUACAUACAUCAAUCUCUGCUGGGCUACUGGGCAGCUCAUUGCUGCUGGAGCUUUGAAAGGACUACUUAGUUUACGUAAUGAAUGGGGUUAUAGGAUCGCUUAUGCAAGUACUACUCCAAAUUCUUUAUCAACACAGGCUAAUUUUCAACAGGGCUUGCAAUGGGUUUGGCCAGUUCCUCUCAUGUGUUUUAUUGCUUUCGCACCCGAAUCACCGUGGUGGCUAUUGAAGCACGAUAGGGCAGAAGAUGCGUGGAAAGCUCUUGCUCAGCUUGACGAGAAAGAUGCACAUGAGCGGCAGAAGACCAUCGCCCAGAUGAGGCAUACUCUGAUGACCGAAGAAGCUGCUGAAUUUGGGACAUCUUACUUUGACUUGUUCAAGGGCGUGGAUCUUCGACGAACUGAGAUUGUCUGCGUGGUUUUUGCGGGCCAAGUGUUAUCUGGUUCUUCUUUUGCCUACGGACCAACCUACUUCUUUCGUGAGUGCAUGUCCAACCCUAUGGGAGCUUUGCUAACAAAUUCUUAGAGCAAGCGGGAAUUGAUACGAGCAAAUCGUAUGGAAUUGCAUUGGGAGGCACAGGGUUAUCUUUCGUUGGGACUAUAAUUUCUUGGUAUCUCUUAACCCAUUUUGGUCGACGAACUCUCUACUUCUUUGGAAUGGCUGGAGACGCUCUCUGCCUACUCCUCAUUGCCGUCGUAGCCUCCUCUACAUCUAGCGGUGCAAAAUGGGCCCAAGUGGCUUUCUGUCUCUUAUGGCUUUUCAUCUACUCCAUGACUCUCGGACCAAUCUGUUACGCCAUCAUUUCUGAAACCUCUUCCAUCCGCUUACGGGCAAAAUCCAUCUGCUUCUCCCGAAAUGUUUACAACAUUGUUCAGAUCUCGGCGAAUGUCGCGCAGCCAUACUUACUUAAUCCCACGGAACUCAAUUUCAAGGGCAAGACGGGUUAUGUGUGGUUUAGUACUGCUUGUGUAAUGCUCGUUUGGAUAUACUUCCGUUUACCUGAGUGUAAAGGUCGGACGUAUGAGGAGCUUGAUGAUUUGUUCAUCAGGGGCGUUUCGGCGAGGAACUUUGCUUCAACAAAGGUUGAUGUGUAUGCCAAACACUUCAAAGCUGGCGCGCUUUUGUCGGGGGAUGAUACUGUUGAAAUGGCGAGUAAGGAGAGUUAA